AUAAUCCGCAUCAUAAAAUGGUUAAAAAAGUAAUAGAUUCUAGAAUUCCUACUAUAAUAAAAAAUGGCGUGCAAAACAAACAUCGAUCGUUCUUCGUAAUUGUCGGCGAUAAGGGCAAGGAUCAGGUAGUUAAUUUGCAUUGGAUACUUUCGCAAGCCCAAGUGACUGCACGUCCUUCG